GGAACUGUUCAGGUGAUCCACUGCAGCGGCUACCUGAAGAUCCGUCAGUACAGCCUGGACAUGUCUCCGUUUGACGGCUGCUAUCAGAACGUGGGGCUGGUGGCUGUGGGUCACUCGCUCCCCCCCAGCGCUGUCACUGAGAUCAAACUGCACUCCAACAUGUUCAUGUUCAGAGCCAGCCUGGACAUGAAGCUCAUCUUCCUCGACUCACGGGUUGCAGAGCUGACAGGCUACGAGCCUCAGGAUCUAAUAGAGAAGACCCUCUACCAUCAUGUGCACAGCUGUGACUCCUUCCACCUGAGAUGUGCUCAUCACUUGUUGCUGGUGAAAGGUCAGGUCACCACUAAGUACUACCGUUUCCUGGCCAAGCCUGGAGGCUGGGUCUGGGUUCAGAGUUAUGCAACCAUCGUUCACAACAGCCGCUCGUCCCGCCCUCACUGCAUCGUCAGCGUCAACUAUGUCCUCACGUGA